AUGAUUCUGAUGGUAAAUUUGUAUAGAACCUUCCCCAUACAGGUGUUUGCGUCGGCCAUUUCAGGUACCACUCAAAUCUCCAUUGCAAUAUCUCUCGCUCUUGUUUUGAUAUUUGCCAAGACAAAUUGUUUUGUCCACCAUAUAAGCUUCUAUAAGGAUGUCCUCUUUCUUGAAGCCUCCCAUCUGCUUCUACUGAUAAUGUUCUCGAACACGGCAGAUACUCUAACAAUUCCAAUUAUGACCUUGAGUGUGUUCUUUGCCUUUCUGUUCAACACUUUCUCUCUGCCUGCAUAUAUCUCGCAGGUACCGGCAGAAGCCCAGGACACCGUCUCUUCCCAUCCUCAAGCUCCGCAUCCAUCCCUUGGCCUAUACCCCAUCCGAUUCAUAUUCAACACCAUCUUUCUGGACCCAGACCAGCUGUCUUCGUCCUCAAAGAAAACAUCAUAUACAAUCAUGCUUUCUCCGGCGAUCAGCCUUCUAGUAGGCAUGGUACACUUUCGCAUAGACAUCGGACGCCUUGAAUUCCUUCUUUCUCUUAUCUGCUCCUUCUUUGCAGGCUUGCUUUUAUACAUGAUGAUAAGAAAAAGGAUCUUCUCCACAAUUUCAUGUCUCUACACCUUGGCUGUUUCCAUGCUCUUUUUCUCGAUAAUAAUGGAAAAUCUUGUGGAUCUUACCGUUCGCAUCAGCAAUGCAACAGGAUUAGGAAUUCAGCUUCUUUCCGGUACGUUUCUUUCACUCCAAUCAAAUCUUACGGAAAUAGUAACAUGUCUUAAAUACAAGGGAAAUGAGAUGUUGACUGUGUCGUCUUGCUCCAUCCUCUACACGCACAUAUUCAAUGCUCUUCUCUUCUUUCCUACCAUCCGGUUGCUACUGACCAAAGACGGGAUCCUCCCUCAUUCACAAAACAUCUCCAAUGCUCCCUUUGUAUACUUUUCAUAUGUCUUUAUCCUUGCUGAAAUCAAAGUAAUCUUUGUAAACUACCUCCUCAGACACCACAAGCUGACAAAGGACCUUGGGUACACACUCAUAGCAAUAUAUGCAUUAUUCAUCAUCGGAUUUGCCAUAGAAGGUAAGGAGCAUCUUUGUAAAUAA